GCCUUUGCGUGCCUGGUUGCGGAGUUCCCGCCCUCGCGUAGUGCCUCUGUUCCGGACGGACGGACGGACGGUGUGUCGGCGGAGUUGAAGCGGAGCUGCUAUGGGCGUUGAGUUGGAGACGAUCACCCCGGGAGACGGCCGUACCUUUCCCAAAGCGGGGCAAGUCUGCGUGGUGCACUAUGUGGGUUCACUGAUGGAUGGGACAAAGUUCGAUUCUUCCCGCGACCGAAACAAGCCAUUCAAAUUUAUAAUCGGUCAAAGUGAGGUCAUCAGAGGAUGGGAUGAAGGAUUAGCUCAGAUGAGUGUUGGGCAGAGAGCAAAGCUUACCUGUACUCCCGACUAUGCAUAUGGAGCUCCUGGUCAUCCUGGCGUCAUUCCACCUAAUGCCACUUUGAUGUUUGAUGUGGAACUCUUGAGACUUGAGUGAAACUCUGUUGGUUUGUAUCCUGCUUAUGGCACAGAAACGUGGAGAACCUGGAAAAUUGUGCAUUGAAAAUGUGGGAGCCAGCAAAAAACACUACAUUUACUUUUUCCAUCUACAGCCUGCUGUACAUCAACAAAAAGCUGUUUAUCACAUCAUUUAUCUUUUGGGACUGUAACAAAAUCUGAUGAUCUGAACCUGAACUUUUUCUUUUGAUAUACCAUGUUUUGCUUUCUAAAAGACUUAAAUUGUUUGUGGUCAAGUAUCAAAGAACUUGUAAGUAGAAAGGAAAACAAAUCUUUUUAAGAUUCAAUUGUUAAAGCAUAAGAUGAUUGUCCAUUGUAUCCAAUGAUGACAGAAACCUGUGUAGGAGAGUUUUGAAAAUGGAAAAGCUGCUGCACUGUGGCAGUUCCAUUCUCUCGACCUUGUAAGUCCAGGUGCAGUUGUACAAGUAGUCAUCUCCUUUGUUGCAGUAGAUGACCAUGAUGUCUUCUGUGCCUUGUCAUGCCCUUUGCUCUCCAUAAAGUGUUUCAGAACUGCCUUUUUGGCCAUUGGAUCUCACUGUAGAUCUCAUCUGCCAGAGCUGACUUCACAUGCUAAGACAGGCAUGUCCCUAUCUCACCAGAGUAUGAGGCCCGCCAGCUACGCUCAUCUGGUUAAGUCUGCCUGUUGAAGACCGGGGUGUGGCUGCUGUUGCUACUUGGAGCCACAGGUGAGAGCUGCGUGUCUGGUGGGGACCAAAGGUGAGUGAGCUGCCCCAGAAUGGAUUCAACAAGCCCCUUCGCUAGAGAUGCAGCCUCUCCCUAGCCACCCUAUACAAAAGCAUAAGAUGAUCUUUUUGAAUUGAUAUAUUGAAAUCCAGUGACAACAAGGUUAUGUGGAUUACACACUUUUAAACCCAUAAUUGAAUAGAGAAGAUUGGCUUAGGGCUUACGUGUGUUGCUUAAGUUCAUAUCUAUCUCAACAUUUGUUAUUGAUGAUUUAUCCAAAAUUGGCAGAAAGUUGAUACGAGCUGAAAUGUGGGCUUUAUUUGGGCUGGAUAAGGAAAAAAGAUCAAUUUAAAUUAUCCUAUUGGUUGUCUAAAUUUUUAAUUCCAAUACUUUGCAAGUUCACAGCUUCACAUUUUUCUCUGUACGUUGUUAUUUCACCACAGCCUGUAUCAUGUUCGGAGUCUGCUGCUUUUAUGGAACAUUUAACAUGGUAAAAUGUAGUGGCUCAUUCUGAAUAACUAACACCAUUGGUUAUGUUGUGGGGGCCUGAUAUUCAUCUGUACCUUUACAAAAAUGAUUUGCAGCUUGGCCAGUUCCCUAAGAGGACGAACAACGGUAGCACUUCAGAAGUCAUGAAUCAUCACAAUCAUGAAGUGUUUUAGGACAACUAUUCAGAGACCUUGGCAUUCUCAGUCUUUAUUAAUAAUGUAGAAACUAUGAAACUGUAAAUUAUACUGUUCUAUAGUCGGGGUCUCCCCAUUAUUAAUGGAGGGGUAUUUGCACUAACCCUGCUUUGGAGCCUUUCCAGUUUCCGGUUGUGGUAGUGACCUUUUUCCUAGAGCCACUGCCUCACUGCACUGAAAUCUGGGUUCAGUCCUGACCUUGGGUGAUGUCUGUGUGGAGUUGCCCUGUGACCUCAUGGAUUUCCUCCAGGUGCUCUGUUACCUUCCCACUUCCUGAAAGUGUGCAGGCCGUUAUGUUAAUUGACCACCAUAAUUGCUCCUGGUGUUGGGUGAGUGGGUUGAAUCUGGAGGGAGUUGAUGUAAUUGUGAAGACAUUGUUUUAUAAAGGCAUUAAUGUAAGAUUGGUGCAGUCUAAAUGGGGACUGCAGGGUCAGGCUGAUUCACUGCUGUUUUUUCUGUUAUUUCACAUUUCCUUUAAUGGAAUAAGCAGUGUGUCUCUUCACAACAAGUUAAAUAGGUGCUAAUAACAUUUGCAAGCCAGUUAUGCUGGUCAUCCCCUCUUCAGUGUGGCUAGUGAUUCUUCUGUUGCGUUGUAGCCCUUUAAUCAAUUCAAUGUAAUUCCAAAAUACUUUUACAAUAAAAAUGAUUUCUACCAAUUCCAGCAGUAUCUGAUGUUACUGUUUUGUUUUAUAAGAAGUUGGGGUAAAUUUGGUUCUUGCCCACUUUCAAAAGUGAAGCCUUUGUGUCACUAGUAUAUUGAAAAGUACAGUGAAAUGCAUUGUUUCAUCAAAUCCAAUCAGCGAGGAUUGUGCUGGGCAGCCCACAGGUGUUGCCACACUUCUAGCGCCAACAUGUCACUCCCACAACUCACUAACCCUAACCCGUACAGCUUUGGAAUAUGGGAGGAAACCAGAGCGACAGGGAACCCACACAGUCACGGGGAGAACAACAAACUUCUGACAGAGCGGCAGGGAUUGAACCUGGAUCUUAUAAAGAUCUAUUGCUGCCCCAUGGUACCUGGUCUACAGAGCUCCAUAUUUCAACUACCAGCAGUUUUGCCCUAGAGAAGCAUGGAUUGCCAAUGUUUACUGGACAGACUGAUGAACAAUCCUGGUUUUCCCAACUCCAAAUUGAGCAGAUCUUGACAUCUCACUAAAUCAACAGAAUCAAAUUUCUGUGAAAUGUAAAAUUAAGAUCUUCAGGAGACUUGAUUCUGGUCUCACCUAUCCACCAGGCUUUACUAAAAUCCAAGCAAGCAAUGAGAGGAUACUGCUCAUCAGUUGGUUCAAGUUCUAUUGGUUCAUCAUACAAGAGCGGCAUAAUGAGGUCCAAUUUCUAUCAUUUGUUGGAGGAAUCUGAAAGCAGAGUAGGAUGCAAUAUAUCUGAAUCUGGAGUGUGGAAUGUUGUGCAGUAUUCAAGUAUGCUUCACUGUCUCUUAAUUGACUUCAUACCAACACACAAUCUCAGUUGGGUCAUAAUUGUAUGAUAUUGUUCAAAGACCAGAGCUGGUUUCUCAUUCUGGUGAUGUUUAAUAAUGUAACUUAUUGAGGCAUGUUAAUCCAGGUUCCCCGGAUCCUAUUGAUCUAAAACAUUAACUUCUUAUUUUUACCAAUGUUACACUACUUACUACUUCCCACCACUGAGUCAAUUUUGAAUUCAGUUUCCUCUAAAUGUACUCAUUUUAAAUCAUCGUUGCAUGUGUAAAAUAUCCAAUUAUUUGUCUUGUUUUGAACACUACUAGUAAAAUGGGAAGAAGUUGUCAUGUCAU